AUGGCUGCUCAUCUUCCGGGAGGAAAUGCUGUCUUGCCUAUCAGUUUCUUCAAGAUCAUUCUCAAAACUAAUCUUCCAAGCCUUAAAUUACCCAAAAAGUUUACAGAGAGAUAUGGGGAUGGUCUGUCAAAUCCAGUGUUUUUGAAGCCUCGUGAUGGAACUGAAUGGAUUGUUUAUUGGAAAAAACAGAAUGGUGAGGUUUGGUUCCAUAAGGGUUGGAAGGAAUUUGCUCAAAAUUACUCUAUAGAUCAUGGGCAUUUGAUGGUGUUUGAAUAUGAAGGAACUUCACAUUUUGAUGUACUAAUACUAGACCAAAGUGCCUUAGAAAUAGACUAUCCUUCAUGUGGUGGUGAAAAGGACAAGCUUGAUGGUCAAAGUGAUGAUGAUAAAUCAGUUGUAAUUUUGGAUGAAUGGCCAGCUCAGAAGCCUAAGCAAGAGUCUCUGUUACUUUCUCUUCCACCACAUAAGAAAAUGAGAGCAAACAGAAAUCCAUUGUCUUUGAAUUGGCCAAAGGACGCUAGAGCUCAGAUAGUAGCUAAAGAAUUCAUCACAUCCAACUCCAAUCCUUUUUUCACGGUUGCCAUAAAGCCUUCUAAUGUUUCAGAAACUGAGCAGGGUGUACCAGACUUUGAAGGCUAUAUUGAGAACAUUGACAAGUAUGUGAAGCUGCAGAUUGGGGAAGAAAGAUCAUGGAAUGUCAAGUUGCUCCGUGUCAUCCCUACUAUGGGCCGCCGCUUCUUCUCUGCUGGGUGGUCCUUGUUUGUAUGUGAAAGUGAAUUGCAACCGGGAGAUGUUUGUGUCUUUGAACUCAUAAAUAGGGAGGAGGAGGAUCCAGUUUUUGAAGUUCAUGUGUUCAAACGUCACAAUUAACUUAACCUGCUAGGAGUUGUUUGUUUAAGUGAAAACUCAUUAGAUGGAGGACAGGAGGAACAAUUUCCAUUCCCUGUGAAUGAGUGAUCUUUGGUAAUUGGUUGUAGUAAAUUUUGGAAUAUUUGAAGGUGAAGCUUUUGAUCUGUGUUCAGUUCAGUUUAAGCACAAAUUUCUUUUUCUUUUAAGGUUUAGUUGAUCUCUUUUUGUCUAGUUAAUUAGCUCUUGGUUUAGCUAGUUAAUUUCAUUUUGUAGCCUUCUUCAGAAAGUUGUUCCCAUUUUAUCAAAUUAAUGCAAAUCUUGAUUUUCA